AUGAACGAAAGGGAGUACCUUGCUGGACUUGAAUCCCUUUGGACAGCUGUGACGACAAAGAUGGAAUGUUUUAAAGAACAUGUUGAGCAGGUUGAGCAGCGCAGAUUUACCAUUGCAGUGCGUGAUGAACAGGUCGAGAUUGAAUCGGUAAGAAGACAGCAUCCUCGAAAGGUUCAUCAGAGAAGCUUACAAGAACCAAUUGUGCUCCUCAUGGCAGACUGGGGCUUAACAAGUUUACUGCCCCGAGGGACAUUUACCCGGGAAGAAGGCCCAUACCAGUCGACCAUUGAUCUUGUCCUCGCAUCGACGGAUCUGAUAGCCACCGCCACGAUCAAAUGGUGGACGACGGAGGGGUUCGGGAUGCCAACCAACGUUGAGCUUGCCGAGUUACGGAGUACCCGGUUGAUUUUAACUAGGCUGUUGCCAGAAACUGGGUUUUACUUUCGGAUGACUGACCUCUAUCUAUUUAGAGCUGGUGCAGGAAAUAUCUCCAUCAUCUUCUUGGCAACUACUCGUGAUUUCGAUGAAGGAUUACUGCCCAAGCGCAAGCGUAGAUCCGAGUCAUCUCAACGAGGAAAAGACAAGGAUUUCCGAGCCCCAGAGCCACGAGUUCAGCCAUCACUCAAGCCCACCAAUCCUCCUGCUCAAGACGUGAAAGCAGCAUCGACUUUUGAGCUGUUCAAGCCUUUGACUCAAGAGCUGGAGCGGCUGGAUGAGAAGGACCCCGUUCUGGCUGCACAGGUAGUGCGCCUUGUGGCCGUCUAA